AUGGCUGAGUCAGACAAUGAUGACAUUCCUGUCAACAAUGAUAUAAUUAUCAGUUAUGAUCCCUUAGAUUUAAAUUCGCAAGAUACAGAUAUAUCGCCCUCAAAUCGGGCCACUGUAAGUAAUGUUUGUGUUGGUUUUCAAACAUCUGGGGCUUCAGGUAAACCAGAAGUCAAUACUUCUAAGGUAAACAAUCUGAGGAAACGCCGAAUUUGUAAUAAGCCUACUCCUGGUAAGAACAGUAAAAGUCUCAAAUGCAAAAAAAAUGAUGCUAGCCAUAUACCAAAAUCGACCGUUGUCCAGUCGGAUCAUAAGGUGCCUUCUACCGUACGCCAUGUUAAAACCUGUAGGCCUAUGAGUCGUGUGAACUUUGGAAACAAGUCCAACUAUGAUAAUAAUAAUAAACCGUGUACAGUAGGUUCUAGCGACUUUGCAAAUUUUGAUUACUCUUUGGCACCUGGCAAUGAACAGAAUGACUCUGACCAGUUCUAUGAUUAUGAUCGUGAUAUUUAUUUUGAUUGUGACCCUUCAACUUUUGUUGGAAAGGUUAAUACUAAUCCUAGUUCUUAUAGAUCUAAUGUCAAUGAUUUUUCUUCAAAUAAUGUUGUUCUUAAUCGACAGGAAUUUGAAGAUAUGAAGAACCAGAUGGCUGCUAUGAACAGUUUUUUGCAGGCAAAUCUUCCUAUUGUUCAGGAGGUUGAAAAUGAUAGGUCCUCUCUUAUGGCUGAACUGAAUGAUAUCAGAUUUAGUUGA